GCAGGUUACAAAGUGUAUUUCGUGCAAGCAGUUGUGCUUUCUUCUCCCCAAGCUGAAUGGUGCAGUUAGGGAUACAUAAAUGCGAGUAUACAUUAGGCAAGGGGCCACAUCCUUAGCGCUGACCAUUGUUAAGACCAGGUUGUUGCUGCAGAGAGAAGCAACAGGUCGCCGGCCAUCAAGGGAAGCAUGUCGUCUUCCAAGUCAUCGUAGAAGAACAGCCGAGGACAAGAAGAAAGUCCGUGCACGCGAGCGCGAGGACGAUAACUCACGUUCGCUUGUCGUGCCUCACGUUCGAAGGAUCUGUGUCAGAGGGCGAGGCGAGCGGACGGCACCUCGGCGAAGUGUAGCUUGAACGCAGUCGCCAUCCAGUGGCUAGCUAGCCAUCUAGCUUGUAGUUGGAUAUUGUUCUUAAACCCUUGUCUCUUGACUGACCUGGUCACGAUCAAAAGUUCGUGGGAGAAAGCGGAUCGCGCAGUCAGGCUGCACGCGAGCGUGAAAGAGAGAGCGAAAAAAAAAAAGUCACAUCGCUGACACAAACCCAAGAAUAGGCAAAACGUACAGGACGGAUAUAUGAAGUAAUACACUUGCAAAUAUAUGGCAUUGUGAUCCCGGCGAACGUGUGAGUGUCAACAGCAUACGUGGGACUGGUGCGACUUGGUAUUGAGACGCGCGGCGGCACAACGAGCACCCACACUGCCGUUACGACGUGUUGUGCUCCGCUCGUCUUCCGACACCUCAACCCCCUCGCACAGUCCACGAAGGAGAAGCACUGGUGGCUGGCACUUUGUUGAUGGAUGUCAAGUGAUUCACUUUCGGGGGCCUCGCUGUGAAAAAGAAAAUAAAUAAAAGGAAAAUUCGAGCGGCGGCAGUUACGAGGUGUGUUCGCGCGAGCGAGCGAGCGCGUGUGCGUGGUUUGCACCGUGUGAGAAGAACGCUGGCUUGCGGACGAAGAUGGAUAACGCCAUCAGCACCAUCGCCUCCGCCAACAACAACGACGACGACGACUUGGGCUCUGCCAGCCCUAAGGAAGAAAAACGGACUCCUGGAAGGAAGCUGAUUCGGAUUACGUCGAAAUCCGGCGAAAUGACGUUCGGCAAACUGCUAACCAGUCCUUUGCCGAUGUUUGUCAAUCCAGAACAGCCUGGGUAUGUGGGCUUUGCCAACCUUCCCAACCAAGUCCAUAGAAAAUCUGUCAAGAAAGGAUUUGAAUUCACACUUAUGGUUGUCGGGGAGUCUGGCUUGGGCAAGUCCACACUGGUCAACAGUCUCUUUCUGACUGACUUGUAUCCAGAACGUCACAUACCCACUGCUGCAGAGAAAAUUCAGCAGACUGUUAAGAUUGAUGCCUCUACUGUGGAGAUAGAAGAGAGGGGAGUGAAGCUUCGCCUUACGGUUGUCGACACACCUGGCUUUGGUGACUCCCUUAAUUCUACAGACUGUUUCAAGCCUGUUAUUCGCUACAUUGAUGAUCAAUUUGAGCGGUAUCUGAAUGAUGAGAGUGGACUGAACAGAAGACACAUUGUGGACAACAGGGUCCACAGCUGCUUUUACUUUAUCAACCCUUCGGGCCAUGGACUUAAACCAUUGGAUGUGGCCUUUAUGCGUGCUGUACAUCACAAAGUCAACAUUGUGCCUGUUAUUGCCAAAGCUGAUACUCUCACAAAACAGGAAGUUACUAACCUCAAGAGACGGAUCUUAGAUCAGAUAGAGGACUAUGGCAUCAAGAUCUAUCCACUACCUGAUUGUGAUUCUGAUGAAGAUGAAGAUUACAAAGAGCAGUGCCGGCAGCUGAAGAAUGCUGUGCCCUUUGCUGUUGUGGGGGCCAAUGCAAUUAUUGAGGUGAAAGGCCGGAAAGUGAGAGGUAGAAUGUACCCUUGGGGUGUUGUGGAGGUAGAGAAUCCUGAGCACUGUGAUUUCAUCAAGCUGCGCACAAUGCUAAUCACCCACAUGCAAGACCUGCAAGAGGUGACUCAAGAAACUCAUUAUGAGAAUUAUCGUGCUGAGAAGCUGGCCACUGGUGGAGGAGCACCACCUGUCAAACAACGCACAAGCAAACCUGCUAUCAGUCAGCCAGAAAGAGAAAUCAGUGAUAGAGAAAGGGAACUUAUUCAGAAGGAGGAGGAGCUGAGACAGAUGCAAGAGCGACUGGCACGCAUGCAGGCAGAGAUAGAGGCUCGAAAACCGGCAGUGCAGCAGAACGGAGAAAUCAAAUCACAUGAUCUCUAGUGUGCUGAAAGUUUGAAUGCCCGCCAAAACCUUCAAAAGAGGACCAUGUGUAUUGGCAGUGGAGGGGAAAUGAAAAUACCUGACCUACUGCUGUGUCUACAUGCAUCAAGCUCCUUCAGUGUCUCACCUCUACCAGCAUCAUGCAGCUGUUUAUUUUUUCACAAGGAACAUGCCAUCACAUACGCUUCAUUUUUGUCUUACAACACUAGCCACAACAUUAUGGUCUGUAUUACAUUGCAGUUUACGACAAGGAACCUACUACCAUAAUAGGCACUUCACUGCAUGACCAACACCUCAUAGUCUGCAUCCCACGACAUCACAAGAAAGCAGCUGUCACAGGCACUUCUUCUUAUCAAUAAAUCAUAUCAUAGUUUAUUAGAAGAAACCUGCUAUAAUAGGCACCUCAUUUUAGUCAGCUUUGUGCUGAAACUCCAUUUAAUAUUCACAUCAAAAUUAUCACCAUAGGCUUGUGGCAGCUGCCUCAUGCAUGGCCUUGAACUGUGGGAAAGAAAUGGUGUGCAGAUGUGUGCAACAGAAUCACCAACACUGCUAAAACUGGUGCAAAUAGCUUUUGCUUUUUGUCAAAAAUGUUAUGGCUGUUUGGGCUUCGUGAAUGUAUGCUGUGUUUUUCUUAGAUUAUGCAAUAUGCCUUCGGAGGUGACAGAAUAACAUUCUUAAAGCCUCAGCUCUGUGAUGCACAUCGUUUUCUCCAACAGAUGAUUGAAUCUGAGGUUACAUUCACAGCUAAAAUUGAUAAGCAUUUCAAGGACAUUGUUGGGUGUCUGGUGACAAAAGCUGAUAAAAACCCAGUGCAUUAUGUCGCAACAUAUGUGGUAUAGUUGUACACAGAACUGCUUGUACUAAGAAUGAACAAGGAAAUUCUGUUUUCAUCAUGUUAGACAGGUAUGCUCUUUUUUUUUUUUUUUUUUCUCCCUUUUUUUUUUAUAUGAACGUGCUUUCCCAAAUCUGAUUGGCACCCAUGUCAUCAGUUUCACUGUACUUAGCACCCUUCUCCCACAUUAUUCAUGUUGGCAUCAUAUUUUUAACAGCAGCGCAAUAUCCUCUGUUUGUAAAUGAUCUUUUAGGCUAACUAUUAAGGGGAACACAAUUUUUUUUUUUUUUUAUGUAAACCGGAGGUGGGGACCUUUUUUUGUGGUUUGCUGGUUUGCUCAGGUAUGUUUGCAUAUGAGUGUGCGGUCCGUCAUUUUUAUUUUGUACAGAACAUUGAGGUCAGCCAGCUACUUUGUUCAUGAGUCUUUAUGUUGUUUGCAUAUUAUCUAUGGUCUUCUAUGUGAGCAAGAUUUUGAGAGAUAAGUGAGGCAUGCCUGUGAUAUGUUGGGGGUUUUUUUGGUUUUUGGUCGCUGUGUGGCGAUAUGUAUAUGUUUAGUAGAAGGCAAGAUAAAGUGCAGAUUAAUUUUUGUAUCCAUCUCCAUAGUGUGUUUUUUCACUUAGAGUCAUUUCAUUUUGUCUGCAUAACAAAGAUAUGGUGCUUACUUUAGACUCAAACUGCAAAGGAGACUUGGCAAAUGUUGCCAUUUCCUGAUGUUUUGUGUUUGGAAAUGUGAACACAUGCUUCAUCCAUGUGACUUCUGAUUGUGUUAUGUGUUGAUCAAAGACUGCGUUCUCUGUCGUACAAUGUCACGCUCAUCAAAGUGCCCAAUGAGAACAUUUGCUGUUGUAAAUACAAUGAAGCCUUGUUCAUCCCAUUGCCAUUUAUUAUAAAAAUCUUUUGAAGCUUUUGCCACUUAAUUUCAGCAUUAUUUGUGGUUUUGUCAAUUUUCUUUGCUUUUAUAUGUCAGUUACUUGGAGGUGCAAAUGUGUGCUUUAUAACAGCAUCUACACUGACACUAUGAUUGGUUUAUUAACUUCUAAGUGUAUGCGUAUGCAUGUUAACACACUUUCUCAAAAUUUAUAUCCUUGGUUAAAUGAAGGCACUCUUAAAAUUUAUUAUUAUUUCUACAAGAAACAAUUUGUGUGUUAAACUUGCUUUGCUUAUUGAACUUAAUGUGAAAUCCAAGUAACAAGAAAUCUGCAUAAGCUUUCUUAUCUGGAUCCCACUGUACCUAUCUUAUAGAAAAAAACAUUUGUGUUUGAGUGGUUACAAGUAUUUUGUCUUAAUACGCUAAAUGGAGAUGGUAUGACUACAGAGUGCUUCGAUAUUAAAAGAAAGUAAAUUAAUGAAACCUCACACUUUCUAAGCAUAUUACAAUCUUGUGUUUUGAUUAAGAUAAUUUCCAGGUGAGUUACUGCUGUUUGUGUACAAGAUUUUUUAGCCUUUUCUGAUAAUUUGUAUGUUUGGUUUUGUGUAAUUAUGGGUGGAAGCUUUUUCUUACUUUUCAUUAGAAUUGUAAAAUUUGUCAGCAUAGUUGUCUUAGUUCUCAUUUAUUGUUGAUCAGAAAGUAAAUUGCUUACUGGAAUCUUUAAAUGAGGUAGAUCUUUUAUGUUUUAUGGCAGUGAUGCCCAACCUUUUCUUGCCCAAGAGCUGCACUGGACAAUGUUAUAAAAUCUCAAGGUCCAGAACAUGGCGGUUUUCCAGAAUCACGAUGUUAAAAAUGAAAUUAUGUUGUAUCUGGCUAAAGUGAGCGGACCAGAUGAGGAACCUUCGUGGGCUGGAUAUGGCCCGCAGGUCGUACGUUGGGCACCCCUGCUUUAUAGCAACAAGUGUGAGUUACAUAAAGAAAAGGUUACAACCAGGGGUGGGGGGGUUGCCUUUGAAGAUUGCUUGUUUCUUAGUUUCUCAUUAACUAGACAGAUUUUUAGUAAAGUAAAUUUUAAUUUUAUUACAUCUCACAAAAUCUCUUUUUUUUUUCUUAAAGCUUGAUGAAAUACUUCAAAAACAUUCACACUGCAUUUCGUUUACAGUAUUACAGCUGCAGAAACAAAUCUGGGAUUCGAGAGUUCUCAUCUGAUUUUUUUAAAAACUGUUUUCUUCAACUUUAUAGUUUAGUGGAUUUUGUUUUUAACAGAAAACAUGGUAUGGUAUUGCUCAUUGACAUUAUUAUACAUGUUAUCAGCUAUGAAACUGUGUGAUGUAAUCACUUGAGAUUGCUGACAAGUUUUUAUCAAUCUGUAUGGUAGCAGUUUUCAUCAGUUUAUUAAUAUGGAUUUGUCUUUUGAGUUUGUGUAAGCAUCUACAGGCAUGACCAAUAAAUCUUUACUCUUGCUAUAU